AUGGAAAAUAGCGAUAUAGGCUGGGGACAACAAGAUUAUGAAGCCAAUAAGAUGGUUGAAAUGGACAGGCUCGGGUUUAUCAGAAAAGUUUAUGGAAUCCUAACUGCUGAGCUCUUUGUCACUUUUUUGAUGUGUUUGGUUGUAUUCUUAUCAGAAGAUUAUCAAGACUGAAUUCAAGACAACAUAUGGUGCUUCAUAAUUGCUGCCAUAGGAGCAAUAGCCAUUAUUCUGGUCUUGUUUUGUUUUAAAAAAGUUUGCAGAAUGAUUAGGAAAGGUUACUAAGUCAGGCGCUAGCCAUAUUGGCUACGCAGUCACCAAAGACUUCCUGUAGGGACGUUCUACCGCUUUUCGACUCUAGUUCAGAGUUUGAUCACCCGAAGGCUGUACCGUUUCCUUAACUUCUGUCUCCUCCUUGACUUGCAGCUUCAAUUUUGAGUGCUUAUGAAUUUCUGCGGCCCUGCUACAGGCGAUUGGAGUAGCUUGAUUUCAAGGAUCCUUGGAGUCUAUCGGGUGUUAAAGUGCCCUCCUUCAAAACUUCAGGAAAAGGUCUACUUUCCUGAGGUCUUGGCCAAAACCCAAGUUUCUAGGUAGAGGAAUGCGCAUGGGUCCUCAGAUCAAAAGGACAUUGUAAACACCUCCAUUUCCACUACAGGAAAGUAGCCAAAACCUAUCGGGUGCACAUUUCUUGAGCCUGCAUUUGAUUUUUGGCUGGAGUCCGUCCCAGUUCGUCGUAGCCGUAAGGUUUGGACUGUUGCGGCUAGAGGACAGGUUGACACUUGUCGCCAUUUUAAUGCAUAUAAUUUUGCAGAAUGGUACCGAUUAACUAUAUUCUGCUCUUCGCAUUUUCCAUAUUGGAAGGAUUCACCCUGUCUGUAUUUGUUUCUUACUAUGACCCAACAGAAGUGCUUAUUGCUGUAACUCUGACAUUCGGCUUAACUUUUGUAUUGACUGCAUAUGCCAUUACAACAAAAACAGAUUUUUCAGCUAAAAUUGGAUAUAUAUUGGUAAUCAGCAUUGCUGUGUCAGCGUUAGCAAUUUUACUUAUUCCUCUUUUUUUGUUCAAUUUUGUUUUUCAUAUUUUUGGCUUUCAAAAAUUCAAAUUUUAAAUUAAAAUCGAUUUUUCAUUUCAAAUAUUUCCAAUUAUGCUUUAGGAUGCAAUCUUUCUGCAAUUUAAUACAAGAAACUGUAUAUCUAUUAUUUUUACAAUAAAUCAUAUAUCAAAAGUUUGCUUCUUUAACGAAGGGUAAAUUCCCCAAACUUAAAACUUUUUAACGAUUUUGCUUACUCGCACAGGGUAGAGCUAUAUUUUUUAGCAGCAAUAUUGUUUUAUGGAUUGUGUGCCCAAUAAUUAUUGCAUGUUACGGUAUUUUUAUUAUCUAUGACACUCAAUUAAUUGUGGGAGGUAAAAGAUACCAAUUGUCAUCAGAAGAUUAUAUUUUAGGAUCUGUUAUUCUUUAUAUUGAUAUAAUUGGGCUAUUCCAAUACAUUCUACUUCUAAUUGGAGGAGAAAGGAGAUAA